AUGGAUGCUCCAGAAUCUGAUAAGUACAGUCAUGAAGAUGUGUUAAAGAUGCUACAAGAUCUAAACAAGGAUCUAGAACAAAUGUUAGAGCAAAUGGAAAAGUUAUCAGUUGAUGCUGCAUGGAUGGCUCAUGACAUGGUGACUGCACGCAGCAAUCCUGCCCUGGCUGAACAAGCGAAGAGACUCAAUGAAGCUUUUCAGAAGUGCCUGAAUGAGGUGGAGAAAAACUGGAAGGAGGUGCUAGAGGAAUCCAUGCCAGCAUCAUAG